AUGCCACUUGCAGCAUGCCAGUUUUCUUGCCACUGCCAGAUCGCCAACAACGGCAAUGCCGUCAUCGCUGCUAUUCGACUUUGCGAUCAGGUCGGCGGAACAAUCUGCUACAAUUCUGCUGGCAAUUACAAUGUUUGCAAGACUAGUACGGCAUGGACCGACGAGCAGUGCAAGAACACAUUCCAGGGUAUUGACCAGCCCAAUGAGAGAUUCAGGGCUGUUUGCACUGCGUAA